AUGCCCAGAUUAGACGACCACUUGUGGAGUUGUUCCUGCCCUGCCAGCAAGAGGUACAAAAAACACUCAAGAGCCAGCGCUGGAGGGCUGGCAGCAAAAGCAGAGGAGAUGAUGAGUUUGUCUGCUUCCAGUCCCUCUGUGCUGGCGGACCCCAGUGUCCGGAACAGCCCUGGACACAGGCCUCCGAACUCCGGUGUGAGUGGUCACAGCUGCAGCACGGGCAGCAGCCACACUAACAGUUGGCAUCAUCACUUGGUGCAGAGGAGCCUUGUGCUGUUUUCAGUUGGAGUUGUCCUGGCUCUGGUGCUCAACCUACUACAGAUACAGAGGAAUGUCACUCUUUUCCCUGAAGAAGUAAUUGCCACAAUCUUUUCUUCUGCCUGGUGGGUUCCUCCCUGUUGUGGGACAGCAGCUGCUGUUGUAGGCUUACUCUACCCCUGCAUCGACAGUCACCUUGGAGAACCCCACAAGUUUAAGAGAGAGUGGGCCAGUGUAAUGCGCUGUAUCGCAGUUUUCGUUGGCAUCAACCACGCAAGUGCUAAAUUGGAUUUUGCCAAUAAUGUUCAGCUGUCUUUGACUUUAGCAGCCCUCUCUUUGGGCCUGUGGUGGACAUUUGAUCGUUCAAGAAGUGGUCUUGGGCUUGGAAUUACCAUAGCAUUUCUAGCCACUCUGAUCACUCAGUUUCUUGUAUAUAAUGGCGUUUAUCAGUAUACAUCCCCAGAUUUCCUGUAUAUUCGUUCUUGGCUGCCAUGCAUAUUUUUCUCAGGAGGUGUAACAGUAGGAAAUAUAGGACGACAGCUGGCUAUGGGUGUUCCUGAAAAGCCACAUAGUGAUUGA